UCACGUUAGCAGCCCGACAUGUGAAAACAAAAAAAUCUUUACAAUGACGACAAUUCGGCCAUUCAAGUGUGAGGACCUGUUCAGGUUCAACAAUGUGAAUUUGGACCCACUCACAGAAACUUAUGGCCUGCCUUUCUACAUGCAGUACCUUGCUCACUGGCCAGAAUACUUCCAGGUGGCUGAAUCCCCCAAUGGACAGAUCAUGGGUUACAUCAUGGGAAAGGCAGAAGGUGGAGGAGAGCUAUGGCAUGGUCAUGUUACUGCUCUGACAAUCGCUCCAGAGUACAGGCGGCUCGGUCUUGCUGGCAAACUUAUGAACAUACUUGAGGAAAUCUCAGAAAAGAAACACUGCUACUUUGUCGACCUCUUUGUGCGGGUGUCAAACAAGGUGGCUGUGGAGAUGUACAACAAGCUUGGUUACGCAGUGUACCGGAGAGUCAUCGAGUACUAUUCGGGCGAAGUUGACGAGGAUGCUUUUGAUAUGAGGAAAGCUCUGUCACGGGAUGUAGAGAAAAAGUCCAUGGUUCCGAUUCCACAUCCAGUUAGACCGGAGGAGUUGGAUUGAACAUAAGCCAGACGAAUGACCAUGGAGACAUGUUUUGGUUUACCAUAGUGGUAUUAUCGUCCUGUGUUCUCGCUCUCAGUUUUAUGAGCAUGCUGAUGAAGUAACUGUCUUUUGGGGUUCAACACUUUGCUUCUGGAAACAUGGACAGAGACUUAAGAAAACUGCCAAUGAAUUCGUAAAAUAUAGUUAAAGAAAGCAAACACAAGCAACACUUGUCUGUCUUUGUGUACCAUGAGUACACAAAUGAGCCAAUUAAGAGGAUUUUCAAAGUUUUCAGUCUGUUUAAUAAAUGUGAAAUCUUGUUACUAUCAGUCAAAAAUCGGGACUGGAGCAAUAUGUAUUCUUAAGAAAAUCAAAAAAAUUACAUACAAAAUAAUAAUUUUGAAAAUCAAACAAACUUUCGUUAUAACUGCAGCAAGUGCAGAAAAUAAAUUUCUUAAUGUCUGCAACAACAUGUUAAAUACCAGUAUUGUUGCUAUGAAGCAAAUCAAUUGAUUACUAAGGUGUGGACAGUCGAAAAAAAAAUCUUUUCCAUUGCAAGAAAUCUUGUCUCGGUAUUUUCAAAAUUUUGGAAGUGCUUGAGAGACAUGUACCAUCUCCUGUUCAUACUGGUGAGAGGAUGUAAAGGAUAUUUUUUGUAAACAUUAUUAAAAUGUGUGUUCAAGGUGACAGUACUCAACUGGAAACCUCAUUGGGCAUGUAUCCAUGGUUUUACGUCUGGCAACUGGAAACCUCAUUGGGCAUGUAUCCAUGGUUUUACGUCUGGCAACUGGAAAAGCUGGCUUUGUUUUUGAAAAAUAAAGCAACAAAUUAUUUAAUAAAAUAACAAAAAGGAAUUAA